AAUACAGUAAUGGCCUCCGCGAUAAUACAGUAAUGGCCUCUGCGUACUACGCGAUCCGGUAGCUGGCGCAGGAAAGCUUCCACAGUGAGGAGGGCUACGCGGACUAAGGGCGACUUGCAACCUCAUUGGACGUCUUCUCGGGGAUAUCACUUCUGGUCUCUUAGCUCCUAUAGAUGCAGGGCGCCUGCGUUCCGCGGAGCUUCCUUCAUAAACGUUGUGGUUGAGCGGCGAUCCACGUAUGCUCGCUCGUCGUGUACCCUCUUUCUAGGCGCAGCACUGGUCCCGCCAGCUGGCCUGGCAGCAUGUCUCUGCCGUGUUUGUUAUUCGCCUACUGGCCAUUCCUUCUCUCUUUACUUUCCACGCGUAUUUCCGCGACUGCGACCAAUCGGACAAUCGACGACUAUUAUGGUGAUUCGGUGACGGGUCUUUUGCCUGUCUACUCGAACAACUGGAACUACGGACCCACCUGUUCGGUCUGUGAAGCUCAUCCAGAAGCAAACUUGACUUUUGAUGCAUCCUGGCAUGAUGCAACCUCAAAUUCGUCGUCAAACUCGACGGCUCACAACAUCACUCUAACAUUCACCGGAACUGCCAUCUGGGUGUAUGGUAUCAUGCUGAACGCCCUCCCGCCGCCGAUGGUCGCUUUCACCAAUGUCAGCUUUAUCUUGGAUGGCGCGGCAUCGGGGACGUUCGUACAUGUACCGAACCCCGCCCAGGAAGAGGUCGAAUACAAUGUCACAAUUUACAACAAGACGGAACUAGAGAAUGCCGAGCAUACGCUAGUUAUGACGAUGGUGCCAGUGCAGGAUCCAAAUACGUCUGUCCUUCUUUUCGACUGGGCCAUGUACACCUUCGUGAAUAGCACCGCUGGCACAAACUCGACUGGCAGAGGAAGCAGGCGGUCUCGCUGGGGACACCAUGGCGAUUAUCCGCAUUCUUCUUCGGACCGUGGCCAGAAUUCGUCUGGCACAUCUGGCACAUCUACCACAUCUUCGAACGUCAACAAGGGAGCAAUUGCUGGCGGGGUCAUAGGCGGAGUCAGCGCGCUUGCCCUUUUCUGUGGCGCCUUCUUUUGGUGGUACAGGAGGCGAAGGAGGCGCAUUAUACUAGUGGGCGGGCGCGAUAUCGAAAAGAGCGCUCUCAAGAUAGAACCAUACAUCGGCAAGCCAAUCAUCGAUCCAACACCUGCACCAAGCACGGUGGCAGGAUAUUCGCCGGGUGGGCGAGGCUCGUACGCUGAGCCGUUCUCACCGAGAAGCGUACGGGCCUGGCCUGUUUUUCCCGCUCGCACGUAUAACGGAGAAGUCAUCGAUAUUAGGGCAGACGACGCUCAAGACCCGAAACCCGCCAAUGGCGAGCUCAAGGAUCAGGUGGAUGACCUGAAGCAGCAGGUCGCAAACCUGGUUUAUGCGUUGUCUGCCGGUAGCUCAGACACAGUGCAGUCACCCAUUGUCCCCGUACGGCCUCCCGAGGUGGCCCAUCGGCGGCGCGGGAUUGCCAUUUACGCGAAGUUGCGCGGCCAACUCAACGGAUGGGGAGGACGAUAAGGGGGGCAGAGGGAUACGGUGAAAACGAAAUCAUCUUCCGCAUACGAUUGAAGGACUCGGGGGACUAUCUCGGACUUGACACUCGCACUGAUCAAGCGCACCGUUUGUUCGCUCCACGCAUGUAUCCUUAUGUAUUGGGAAUCUGUGCUUGCGUCCAUUAAUCACAACCAUGUACAGUUGCUAUCGCGUCGGGUGGCAGCAGUUGUCGAAGUAGGUAUACCGAACCAGUUACCUAGACAUUCAGUCGAGAUUGGCAUAGUGGGUGGCCCUAUGUCGGGC